AUGGCAAUUUGGAAUCAUACACGUGUGAAGGAAUUCAUACUGGUCGGCUUAACAGAAAAUCCUAAUUGGGAGGUUCCCCUAUUCUUGCUUUUUAGUCUAAUCUAUCUUGUUAUUCUUGUGGGUAAUUGGGGGAUGAUUAUCUUGAUCUGGCUGAAUGCCCAAUUUCAUACUCCAAUGUACUUCUUCCUUAGUAAUCUUUCUUUCUGUGACAUCUGCUACUCUACUGUCUUUGCUCCUAAGAUGUUGGUCAAUUUCUUAUCAGAAUGCAAAUCUAGUACAUUCCUUGCUUGUGUCCUGCAGAGUUUCUUUUUUGCGGUUUAUGUAACUACAGAAGGCAUCCUCCUAUCUAUGAUGGCUUAUGAUCGAUAUGUGGCAAUCACAAACCCCUUAAUGUACACAGUUAUUAUGACUCACAGUAUCUGCACUCAGAUGGUUCUCGCAUGUUACUUGGGUGGCCUCAUUAAUUCCCUGACUCACACAAUAGGUCUACUCAGACUGGACUUCUGUGGUCCAAACAUUGUGAAUCACUUCUUCUGUGACAUCCCUCCUCUUUUAAAGCUUUCAUGCUCUGAUGCACACAUCAAUGAGAUGCUGCUUUUGAUCUUCUCAGGAGUGAUUGCUAUUUUCACUUUCAUCAUUAUCAUUGUGUCCUAUAGCCAUAUUAUCAUUGCCAUUCUGAGAAUCCGCUCAGUAGAAGGGAGGCACAAAGCCUUCUCUACUUGUGCCUCACACCUGACAGCUGUGACAUUAUUUUAUGGUUCAGUAGCUUUUAGCUAUAUCCAGCCAAGCUCACAGUACUCCAUGGAACAGGAGAAAGUCUCUGCUGUGUUUUACACCUUGAUCAUCCCCAUGCUGAACCCUCUGAUUUAUAGCUUGAGGAACAAAGAUGUGAAGGAAGCAGCAAAGAGGUCAAUUUGUAUGUCGAGGAGCACCUCUUGA